AUGGAUUUAGAAAGAGCUGACUCAAGAACAGAAAGUAUGAGUGAAAUUAUUUUUGAUUGUUUACAAGAUGAAAUAAAACAACCAGACACUUAUAAGAGAUUUGAGUAUCUAGAUAAUAUUAAAAGUAAGGGAUAUAAAAGUGAAACAAAAUAUCGAAAAUAUAUCGAAAAAAUUUGUUAUCUAUUCUGUAUUCUAGGACCACUAGGUGUAUUAGCGUAUAUUUUAAUUGGAGUUUUUAGUAAAAUUCAUCAAUCAAUUUUAUACUUUCCUAAUCAAAAUGUGACAGUGCAAAAUUUCACAAUUGUUUAA